UGCAACUCGUCCAAAUCAACAUCGACCUGGCUUUGCUUUUCAAUGAUGAUUGAUAAAAUGGCAUAAACAUAUAUUUAAUACAUGAACCGGAACCUGCGGAGGUGGUUGGAGAGCUGCAAUAGAUGACGUCGGUCCGUAAUCCGCAGCCGCAUUGAUUGUACCUUUACCAUAUCGCCUUCCAGCGUGGACCAACAGCGACAACAGCUACAACAACGCGGCGCCGCCAUUGAAAGAAAAAGCGUGUGUUCUAAACAAAAACGUUUCGAGGCCACCGACAAAUUGAUGCAAGUAUGUCACUGACGACGGCGACUGCAGCAGCAGCAGCAGCACCAGCAGCAGCAGCAGCAGUGGCAAGAGGUGACGUAGGCGCAGGAGGAGCAGGAUCAGCGGCACUUGGCGGCCUUGUCAGGGAGUUGCAGCCGCCGCAGCAUCAUAUAAGGGCAAUCGAUGAAUUGCAAGAUGGUGACACGAGCAGUCUGGAGCCGGGCGAGGUGGUAACCCCGCCCCACCUCAACCACGACGGCGCCAGUAGUCCCGCGCUGAGGAAAGUGCCGACCAAGGAGGCGAAGAGCAAGACAUUGCGCAAGCUGGCACAAAUCGAUACGGACGGCGGCAAGGUGCGUGCUCUCGCGGAGCGGGAUGGCGUCAGGCGCAAGGAGGCGAAGGGGGGCAACACGACGUCGCGGGCACAGGAAAAUGGAACUGCUCGUGCGCCCUCCGAGGAUCCGGAUGACAGCGAAGGUUUGUACUCGGACACGGACUCCUCGGGCGAGGAGCAGCGGAACGUGGAGGAUGUGCAGCAGGCCAGAAAGGAGAAGCAAGCCGAGGCAGCGGCUGCAGCCAUGCCACAGGCUGCCCCGUCUGUCGGCCCACCAUUUCUCGGCCACAAUCCGCUGCGGUUUCACAUGCGACCGCCGUUCUGUGAGUUUCCACGCAUGGGAUUCAUGCCGCGGAUGCCGCGCGGCGGCUUACGCAUGCGCCCGCCCUUCUUCAAUCGGCCGCCCAACCGCAUGGGCGCGCCCAAUAUGGGUGGCGCCCCGCCGCCAGGAUCCUAUGGACCAGCAUUGCCGCCCGCCCAAGGAUCACCCGGCGGCAGCUCGGGACCCAGCAAGCAAUUGAAGUCGGAUUCGGACUGGACGACGACGGAGCCGCCCAUACAGUUCAACUUUAACCUGGUCCCGGACUGCUCCAUAGCCCAGCACAAGGCCUGCCAGGAGAAGGCGGAGUCAACUGCCAUGAAACAAGCGCCACUCAAGUCCAAAGAACCUGCCAGCUCAGAUGCUCUGAGGAAGCAAUCGAAGGGCCGAUCUACGCACAAGCACAAGGAAAAGGCGGCCAAUGAGAAGGAUGGGGAACGUGCCAAGGAGAAGCAAGCAGAAACGCCCAAGCAGAAGACUGGGGAAGCGACCAAGCAGAGCAAUAGGAAAAGUUCAAAGGAUAAGCAAAGGGGAAAAUCCAAGGAUAAGUCUAGAGAUAAAUCCAAGGAAACAUCUAGAGAUGUGUCCAAGGAGCGGCACAGAGAACGAUCCAAGGAUCAACCUAGAGCUAUAUCAAGGGAACAGCACAGAGAAUUAUCGAAAGAAGUGUCCAGAGAUAUGCCCAAGGAACAGUCCAGAGAAAUAUCCAAGGACAGGCACAGCGACAAGUCCACAGACAGGCACAGAGAAUUAUCCAAGGAGACAAAGCCGAUGGAAGCCCCACGAGAAAGAUCCAAAGAUGACAAGAAUAGUGUGAGGCGACCGAAGGAGAGCUCCAAAGAGGAGCACAGAAAUCAUGCAGAGAAGUCGAAAGAUCUCUCAAAUGACAAUCAAAGGCAACAGCCCAGGGAGCACCGCUCGAAGGAAGCAAUGCGCGAACAAUCAGCUGAAAAGCAACGACGACGAGAAGCAUUGAUGGAUGGCAGGCCAAGGCCGCGUUCCAGGGAAAAAUCCACUGCAAAGUGUUCCAAAGAAAGCUCAAAGGAUGACAGGUCCAGGGAGCGUUCGGGGGAGAAGCCAAGCGGAUCCUCGAAGGAAAAGCUGCCCAAGGAAAAGAAGCUGGAGCGCACGAAAACGCGCAGUCGAAGCAGAAAUCGUUCGCCCAAGAGUGCGGAUAGAACGCCACCGUUGACGCCUCCACGCGAACUCCUGCUGCCGCCGCCGCCGACGGCUGCUGCUGCCAGUGAGGCGUUGGACAUGGAUGAGAAGCCAAGAGGCUUGGAUAUAUUCGCCGAAUCACCGCCAAGACAGCACCACACUGCCCCACAGAUAGCACCCGUUCCCAGCGCCGACACAGUCAUCCACCGGAGUACAACGCCGCCACUGACAGCCACCGCCAAGGCAGCUCCGCUGCUGAAGGCCAGCGAGAUUCACAGUCGCAUCGGGGCCCUGCUCGAGGACAAUGAUCUGCACUUGGAGGCACUGCUGGCCACCAAGGAGCAGCUGCUGCGCCGCACCAACGAGCACAAGGAGCGCAAAGAGGCGCCCAGGAGUGCCCCCCAACCAGAGGUGCAGCAGCAGCUGCAGUUUGCCAGCAGCGACUGGGAGACUGCGGAUCCUAACGUGACGCGCCGUGUGAAUCCGUUCAGGAAGCAGGAGUCAGUAUUAAAUGAGCGCAGAUCAACGUCUCGAGCAGGCGGUGGUGCUCUGGGGAAUGGCAGCGCCUGGCAGCACCGCAGCCAAUCGCGGGAAAAGGAGUCGUCCAGCAGUAGCCAUCAGCAGCGACGCAGCGACGAGUACAAAGAAGUCAACAUUAAGAUUGAGCGGAACAUCUCGCCGACGCCGCUGCCCAUGCCAAUGAUUGAUGUCAGCCAGAUCAAGCUGGAGCGCAAUGCGACGCCGCCAUUGGACACAGAGAUGGAGAUGCUGGUGCGGAAUGGUGCUGUGGCAGCCAAUGCGCCGCCACCGCUGGCCCCAGCCAUGGCAACGGAGCAGCAGGAGAGUCCCGACACCGACGACUACAUUGACAACUGGGAGAACGAUGACUCGUUGAGCAGUAUGCCCAAGACUGCCGCCAGCACCACUGCUCCACCAUUGGCUGCUGUUCGUCCGCUGUCCUCCUCCAUGGAGGAGGCAACAAUCAGUGGCGACUCGACCGGGGAUGACACGAAUGACCUGUGGAAUGCCAAGAGCACGCCGCCACCCAAGCCCAAGACGAAGCAGCCAGCAGCCAUUCCAUUGGGCGGUGCCAGCCAGGAGCAUCUGGUCAACAUCUAUGACAAGUUUAUGAAUAGUAUUAAUAUGUGCAGCGAGGGGCAGACGGCCACGGCCACAGCCACAGCCUCCAAAAAUAGUUCCUUAAGCAAUUCCACUGCCGAGACUGAGACUUCCUCCGGUUCCGAGUCGUCGACCAGCAGCAGUAGCUCCGACGAUGAUGAUGAUGAUGAUGAAGAGUCCAGUACAGCGGAUGACGAUCAAGAUGACGACGAAGACGAUGAUGAUGCUAAUGCUGAGCAACAGGAGGCGGAAGCGGAAGCGGAAGAAGGUAACCUUUCGGUAGAGGCAGCCCUAAUCUCUGUGGGAUCCGAAACCUCUCUGGAGGAUCCCCCUGAGAAGGAGCAGCAGCAGCACCAACAGCAACUGCAGCUGCAGCAGAAGAAGAACAACGUGAGCAAAGAUCUGCGCAAGCUGAAGAGCCUCGAGGACAAUCUGGCCAGGAUACAGAUGAUGCGCGAGAACUACGAUUCGGGCGAUGAGAUCUCCGAGGAGCUGCUGAAGAUGGAGUCGCUGUUCCUCAUGCAGCGCAAUGCCAUCAUGGACAAGUAUCGCAAGCAGGAACUCAAGUCCCAGCAGGACGGGCAGGAGACGCAAGAGGCGCGCUCCCCCACGCCCGUGAACAACAUCUUCGAUGACAAUCGGGAGGCCAUCAAGCUGACCCUCUCGCCACUGAAGCUCACCCGCAAGCCGGCCAUCUUUGACAACGACGACACGGAGCAUCCGCAGCCAUCGCAGCAGCAGCAGCAGCAGCAAGCCGUCAAGGUGAAGCUGGAGGUGGGGCAACGCCAGCCGCAGCAGCAGCAGCCACAAAUCAGCAAUGUGAGGCGCCCCAAGGAGAUAGCCAUUGUCAAGCCCACCAUUGUGGAGACGCGCAACAGGCCAAGGAUUCCACGGAGCACAACGCCAGGCGGAGGCAGGCGACCGGGCAGAGAUAGAACUCGCUCCAGAUCGCCGUCCAGGAACCGAGAGCGAGCCUUUCGGCGCGGCAGUGUGCGCUCCAACAGGGGAAAGGACUCCUCCCGUUCGCCCAGCCCACGGCCGCGCUGGCGUCCCCCUUCGCCCCGGCGGGCGGGUAUUCGCCUGGCGAAAAAGACGGCCCUCAAGCGGAGCCACAGCAAGAGCGUGAGCCGUAGUCGGACGCGUAGCAGGAGUCCAAAGCGCAGCAGAAACCGCUUCCAGAAGGUGUCGGGCAACCGACGACGCGUCUCCGUGUCGCCAGGUCCAGUGAAGCCACCCCGGCCCCGCUCACCGCCCGCCCAUCGAAGGCGCUCCUACAGCCGAGAGAGGGGGGAGCGGGAGCGCGAACGCGAACGCUUGUCGCCACGAUCGCCGCUGCCGUUUAGGCCGCCAUCGCCGCCCAUGCGACGCAGUUGGUCCUCCUCGCACUCGCAUUCCCGCUCACCCACCAGAAGAAGAUCCCACUCCCGCACGCGCUCCUCCACCAGAUCGCGUUCCCGCUCGCCCUUCGACGGACGCAGGGAGGACCGGGACUUUGCCGACUACUUUGGGGAGGAUCAGAGCCUGGAGGCGGCCGCCUACUACUACAACAUGUCGCUGCUGCACGGAGAGGCGACGGGCGAGGACUACGACACCUAUGCGGCCUACAUAGACUCCGCCUACCACAUGGAGCAGGCCUACGCGCAGCUCAGCGAAGCGAUGGACAUGCCCGCCGGCGUCUACGGGGGGGAGUAUGGUGCCCUCAUGGAGACAUCUCCGGUGCUGCGUGAACUGCCCAAGGCGGGUGCUGCAGCUGCUGCUCCUUCUGUUUCUGAGCUGCUGGAAACGAAGGUGCCGCCCAAGCCUGAGGCUGAGCUGCCCAAAGAUGCUGCUGCAGCUGCAGCUGCUGCGCCUGUGGCGGCGGUGUCUGUGGCUGUUCGCAAGGGCAAUGUACUGGAAAUUGUGCCCACGGCCAACGACAAGGAUGGCGAAGAGAAAGACAGGAAACCCAAGAAGCGUGUGAGCUUCGUGGACAGUGUCAAGCCGAGCAACGAGAGCGACGGCGAGGAUCGCGUGAUUGUCAGCCGAGCCGUGGAGCGGGCCAUGCAGGAGUACCAGGAGCGACGCGCCAAGGCAGCCGCCAGGCUGCAGCGACUGCGCGAUGAGCUGCUGGCCGCACCACCGCCACCGCCGCCCGUGACGCCGAAGCCACCGGACCAGGAGAAGGCGGUGCUCGUGCAGAAGAAGUCCAAGAUGCGCUACUUCCACCUGGAUCCGCACAAGCGUGAGAUUGUGGUGUCGCACUCGCGGCUCAUGCGUCCGCCCGUGCCCCGCUUCGAUCGCAAGCACUUUGAAAUGCUGGUGAAGACGGGCCGCCUGCCGCCGCUGCCACACGGCUUCCUGCGCCAUCGGCCGCCACUGCUGCCCCCGAAUGCAGAUCCCGCCACCAAGGCGGCCAUGCUCAAGGAGUACUUCAGCAAACAUCCGCCGCCGCCGGCACAGCGCAUGCAGCUGCGGAUGCCCAUGCGCCUGCCCCUGCCCUUGCCCCUGCCCCUGCCCAUGGGUAUGCCGAUGCCGAUGCGGAUGCCAGCGCGAAUGCCCAUGCGAAUGCCGAUGCGCAUGCCGCUGGUCAUGCACGAGGGAAUGAUGCCCAUUCCCAUGCACAAUGGCGUGCCAUACUUCCUGAGUGGACCGCCGCCCUCCUCACCGCCCGUGUCGAUGCCCAUACCGGUGCUGGGUGCCCAUCCGUAUCACAGCUAUCCACAGCCCGCUCCGAUGAUGCCAGCGCCAAGUGCCGGACUCCUGCCAAUUCCUCUGGCUGUGGCUGUGCCUGAUGCCAGCUCCUCGACACCGUCGCCGGUGCCCUUCUUUACGCCACCGCCACUGCCCACGUUCACGGUACAGCCGGUGCCCACCAUUCGGGAGAUUAUGCCGGUCGAUAUACUGCAAAAGAUUGGACCGCUGCCAAAGACACUCGAUCUGGAUGGCGGUUCCACGCCCAGGGCGGACGAACUGAAGCUCGAUGUCGCAGAGGAGCCCUUGGGCGAGGUGCAGCUUCUGCUGGAGAGCCAAUAACAGUCCGAGUCUCCUCCUCCCAGCUCGAUCUUCAGUCUUCAUUAAUUAGCAAAUAAUUUUAGAUAAUUUUCUCUACCCCCCCAUCCCACACCCACUCUUUUUCUGUAACCCAAAACCUACCAAAAGGUUUUUUAAUUCUUUUUUUUUCACACAACAUUUUUUUUUUAUAAUUUGUUUUCAAAUUAAUUUUAACGGACUAAUCAUGUGAACAAAACGCAUUUAUAUAUAGGAUUCUUAACAGAUUUAUUAGUGGCUAAGAUAACGCCUGAUUCGACAUUUCACAUUUGUCUACGGAUUUCUAAAAGAAAACAAAACAAAAAAUUGUAAAUAUAUUCAUUAUACAUACAUACAUACAUACAUACAUAUAUAUAUAUAUAUAUAUAUCGGAUGAAUCCACAGAAUUAAUUCACGUGUAGGUACUAUGCAAAUUGAUGGAUGGAUUGAGAUUGAGUGCCCAGAGUUCAGUUUCCAGGGGCAUCUCUCAAGCAUAAACAAUCAUUCGAUUCGACAAAUUGUGGCAAUACAUUUCUUUUGAUACUAAGCAUUAGACCUAAGCGGAACACUAGAAAGAGUAGAGUAUAUUUCUCGUCUUCUGAAAGCUUAAAUUAUUAUAUAUAUAUUUUAUAUGCGAUUCAA